CUUCCGACAGUGAGAGAGAGUGCACGUAUAUCUUUGGACUGCAGGAUCCCUAUAUAUCUUACGACACACUGCUCGUCAUGGUUCGCCUACACGUCGCCCUGACCUUGUUAGUGUUAUUGACGGUGGAAGCUGCCGCCCACAACCCUUUCCGCAGGAGACACAACACCCGCUACUCCCCCCGCAGGAGGCCGUCGGUAGGCGGGGCCACCGUCUACUGGAGAGGUGGCGUGCGUAGAAGGCCUGCGGCAGUGAGGGUGAAUGAUGGUGAUGGAAACGUUGGACAUGGGACCCCUAUUGAUGUUGACAACGUUGGUGGUGUUGGCAUCGUUGGACAAGAGAACCCCGCUGAUGCUGCCAACGUUGGUGGUGUUGGCAUCGUUGGACAAGAGAACCCCGAUGAUGCUGCCAACGUUGGUGGUGUUGGCAUCGUUGGACAAGAGAACCCCGAUGAUGCUGCCAACGUUGGUGGUGUUGGCAUCGUUGGACAAGAGAACCCCGAUGAUGCUGCCAACGUUGGUGGCAAAACUUCGAAGCUGGCAACAAUUGAAGACAUACUGAACUUCAGGGAGCAGAUCGGAGCCACGUCAGACGGUGGGUGUCCUCCGGUAAGGCCCUCCUGCGCGGCGUCCCGAACUCGACCACCGCUGUGUGACUUGGACAGUGAGUGUAGGGCCGGGUGGUUGUGUUGCUUCGAUAUGUGUGUCCAGAGAACCCUGUGUAAGAGGAUUGUCUAGUGAACUGAUACCGCCCCCACCCACCCACCACCUCCUCGCCCUAUCAACCACCUCCGCCGCUCCUACCACCUGAUUGGGCUAAGAGUCACGUGUCACUUAGCCCAAUCCUGGACCUACCAUGUGUCUAUCAACCACGCGUGUUAGCCAAUCCUGGACUAGUUACGCGUCUCUCAACCAAUCAAAUACUAGCUACGAGUCUCUCCACCAAUCAAGGACUAGCUACGUCUCUCAACCAAUCAAGGACCAGAGAAGUAACCAAAAACCAAUCAGUGACCAGCUAAAAGUCUAUCAACCAAUCAGGGCCCAGACACGUAUGUAUGGUUUGUUUACUACAAUCAACUGAAGAUUAAACACCUUAGUUUAUUUCACCUGAUAAUUAAACACUCAAAGAUUAGUGUUAGGUUAGGUUACAUUAACGUCGGGUUAGGUUAGACUA